AUGGAGGUAUUAGAAACGGAUUUGGAUGCAUUAAAAUGCAGGAUGAGCGCAACGAAAAUGGGAUACAUUGAUGAUCCAUAUAUACAAUAUUUUCUCCCAAAGCGUUCGAUCCAUAAACCUCCUAUUAUCAAUCGUGGAACUUACGUUCGAACAUGGUCUAUUGAUCAUGUAUUAAUAAACUUCUUAAACAAAAUUGAAGGCAAAAAGCAGAUAAUAUCUCUGGGAGCAGGAACAGAUACUAGGGCCUUUCGCUUCUUGGCAAAGCUUCCAAAAGAAAGUAUUAAGUUUAUUGAGCUUGAUUUAUAUCCGAAUUGCGUCAGAAAAGUUCAGUCAAUUGCAAAACACGAAGCUCUGCAUGCAAAGUUGGGGGAUUAUACAUUAGAUGCAACAAAGGGAAUACUGCUUUCGGAUUCGUUAGACAUACUCCCGUUCGAUAUUCGUCGUAUACCUGAAGCAGGUUUACCAGACAGGGCGGAUCGAAGUUUACCUACUAUUGUACUAUCUGAAUGCUGUUUAUGUUAUUUGGAGCCUAAUGAAGCAAACUCUAUUUGCCAGUGGUUUCAAGAACGUUUCUCAUGCAUUGGCAUAUUGGUUUAUGAACCUAUUCAAGGAAUGGAUAGUUUCGGGAAAAUGAUGAAGAGCAACUUGGCAUCACGUGGGAUUUACUUGAAAACGUUGGAGAGCUAUAACACCAUUGAAGAUCAAGAAACCCGUUUUACAGACAAUGGCUUCCAACAUACUACAGCCUUGGAUUUUGCCGCUCUUGAAAGGGAAUGGAUUCCAGAAAUAGAAAAGCAAAGGAUUGCAAAAAUUGAAAUGUUAGACGAACUGGAAGAGUGGUAUUUACUCGCUAAGCAUUACUGCCUUGUUUUUACUACCAGUCAGUCUCUACACGAAAAACUAAACUUGUAA